AUGGCCACCAGUGAUGCUGAAAUGGGCGAUUCUACGUCCCAAGUUUCUGCACCUGAAUCUAGUCAGUUUCCCGGCUUUUCAUGGACCGGCAAUCCCGAUUCUCCGGUGGCUGUUGACAGUACGAGGCGUGGUCGCGGGUCCAAGAAGCGUACCCAAACCGCAACAGAGACUUGGGCUCAUGCGAAGAAGUUAAAACUAGAUGAACAAGCCCGACGUGAUCGCGCUGGUAACAGGAUAUGGGUUUGCGGUAAAUGCUCAUGGGAAUCAGCUUCCCUGACCUCUGCACGAAACCACCUUGCUCAUAGGCAUGGGAUCAAGAUUAAUGCACAGCAGCCACAGAUCAUACUGAAGGGCCAAGCCAAGCUUGAGCAAAUUCUCCAACGCCAGGCAGAGAAAAGCCAGGCCCAAGCUGAUGAACGCGAGCGAGCUGUGCUCCGUAAGGCAAUUAACCAAACGGCCUUUGACGAAUCGUUGCUGCAGCUCAUCGUUAAUAACAACCUUCCACACAAGUCAGUCGAGUAUCCAGAACUAUACUCCCUGAUUAUGAGUGUCAACUAUAUGGCGGCAGAUAUAUACCCAAAGUCUCGAGCCGCGGUACCAAAGAAAAUUGAACUUGCCUUCUUACAAGCGAAGGCUGUGAUUAAACAACACCUGCACGCUGCACUUUCGGAGAUACAUCUUGCCUGUGACGUUUGGACGACUGAGCAUAAGAAGAAGGCUUUCUUGGCUGUUGUUGCACACUUCGUUGACGCAGAGGGGAAGAGACGCAAGGCUUUAUUAGGUUUACCACGGUUACGAAGAAGCCAUGGCGGCCAACACCAAGCAGAACAUGUUAACGGGAUAAUUGAUUGGUAUGACAUUGCUCAUAAAAUCGGCUAUUACAUUGGUGACAAUCACGGUUCGAAUGACAAGUGUUGCCGCUUUAUCUCGAAACACCUUAAAGAACAGUACCAACUCAACUGGAAUGCAAAGACACGUCGAAUUCGCUGCCACGGCCAUGUCAUAAAUCUAGCUAGUCAGGCUUUUAUUUUUGCGCCAGAUAAAGAGACUAUUGAUGCGGUGGUAAAAGAGGUUAGGCGGGGCUCCAGAUCUGGAGAUGAAAGCGAUCACAAAGGCGACUUCGAUGAAGAAGCCAACGAAGAUGAUGAGAGGGAUGAUGAAGAAACCAGGCUUUCUGCAGCGUCAAGAAAGAAGAAGAGGCCCAGUUGGAAGGAUAUUGGCCCGCUAGGAAAGCUUCAUGUAAUCGUCGCUCAUAUGAGGGCUUCGGAGCUUCUCUACGACGAAUUUCACAGUGCGGCCGGCCGUAUGAUACCUAUGGACAACGAUACUCGAUGGAAUAGUUGGUAUACCAUGAAUGAGGUUGCUUGCGUGCUCGAGGGUCAUGUUGAUACCUUUGUUAAAAACCACCGCAAAGAGAUUGGAAAGUAUGCACUCACACCGGACGAUUGGGAUACUCUACGUGAGAUCAACAUCUUCCUAAAACCCUUUGAAAAAGUGACAAGCAGAACGCAAGGAGAUCUUGAUUCUAUUGAGAAGACGCUGGCAACGAUGGAUAUUCUCGUUAAACACUUUGAGAAGCAGAAGAGCAAGCAUGCGAACAACACCGGGUUUCAGAACGCAAUUCUGAUGGCCUGGCACGCUUUUGAUAAGUAUUAUCUCCUUACUGAUGAGGUGCCAGCAUAUGCAGCAGCUUUGCUCCUCCAUCCUUCAAGGCGAAAGCGCUAUAUUGAUAUCGACUGGGAUAAGUCUUGGGUCAAAGCAGUAUUGCCACAACUCCAGAGGCUUUGGGAAGAAAGGUACGCCAUGACUGAAGGGGAUGUCGUUCAAGCAUUAUCAAAACCAACCUAUGAGCCUGAUGAGUAUGAUCUGCUUGAGCGAGAUCUAGACGUAGUUCAAACUUCCGCCGAUGACUGGACAUCUUUUAUCGAGGCUGACCCUACCGAGAUCUCCACCAAGACUGCGCUAGACUGGUGGUGUCAAGAGCAUCAACGAACACGGUACCCACGGAGAGAGCAUGCCCUCAACCCCUCAGGAAAGCUCCGCGAACCUAGCAUCACAAACGCCGCCUACAAUUCGAAACGCUACCACAGCUACGUCAAGCUGCGGUUAGAGGUUUCCAUUCUAUCACACGCGCCGCUUACGCCAUCAGUCACACGGUUAGCCACAGCGGAGAUGAAGGCCCUCAGGGACAAGCAGCUUCGACGGUCUACCCUCCUCGGCAAGACAUUAAUUAUAGGGAAGUACGGCCCUCUUACUGUUGACGAUGCGAGAAUCCGUGUCGCAAAGGAUGAGUACAACAGACUAGCGGCACAGGAAGAUAAGAGGCAGCGUUUGAGGAAGAAGGAAACUCGCGAUGAGGCUGCUUACGUACGCUGCUGGAUUCGAGAAGUUAGAUCAAUCGUUAGGUCCAGUAUCACUAAAACAACAUUACACAAAGUGCAACAGCAAAGCAAGUGGCAGAAGAGCGAUCGGCGCACUCUUCUUAGCCGCCUGAACUAG